GGACAGAGAUGCUAAUUAGCAGAUUGUUCUAGGAAGUGGGCUGUCAGAGCUGUAAAUGCUGUUCCAGCUAGUGCGGCUAGCUGCGUUUUUUUCCUUUUCUGUUUUUUAUUUUAAUCUUUCAGCCGAGGACCUGGUUCGUACCAUCCCACUAUGCGCUGGCCGCGAAUGCUACCUAAACAAAUGAGACGCCGCGGAUGCGUUUGAGGCUGCCGCUUUGAAGCAGCGAGGACACUUUUUCUUUUCGUCCAGCUGAGGUUUGACCACAUCACUGUGACUUCAGCAUUUUUUGCUAUUGAAGGAAAACUUUAGUAUAAAAUAUCCGACUGACGGGCACCACCAGGAAUAUUCAGCAUAAUCAUGAGUGUCCACGAGUCAGACGUGAGCACCAUCUCCCCGGAGAUGCCGUUGAUGUUCGACGGCAUGAAGCUGGCGGCCGUGGCCACCGUGCUUUACAUCAUCGUCCGCUGCCUCAAUCUCAAGAGCCCCACCGCGGCCCCUGACCUCAUCUACCAGGACACGCCCCUAAACCGCUUCCUUCUCAAGUCCUGCCCCCAGCUGACCAAAGAGUACAUUCCUCCCUUACUGUGGGGUAAGAGCGGUCACCUCCAAACAGCCCUGUACGGUAAACUCGGUCGGGUGAGCUCACCUCACCCCAAAGGAAUUAGAAAGUAUUUACCCAUGCAGGACGGGGCCACUGCGACCUUCGACCUGUUUGAACCGCUGGGGGACCACCGAACAGGAGAUGAUGUAACCAUGGUGAUAUGCCCUGGCAUCGGUAACCAUAGCGAGAAGCAUUACAUCCGGACCUUCGUGGACUAUGCGCAGAAAGACGGCUACCGCUGUGCUGUGCUGAACCACCUCGGUGCUCUGCCCAACAUCGAGCUCACGUCUCCACGCAUGUUCACUUACGGCUGCACCUGGGAGUUUUCAGCCAUGGUUGGCUACAUUAAGCGGACGUAUCCUCAAACCCACCUGAUCGUUGUAGGUUUCAGCCUGGGUGGGAACAUUGUAUGCAAGUUCCUGGGCGAGAACAGGACGAACCAGGAGCGAGUGCUGUGUUGCGUGAGCGUCUGUCAGGGGUACAGCGCUCUCAGGGCUCAGGAAACAUUCCUGCAAUGGGAUCAGUUCAGGCGAUUUUAUAAUUUCCUCAUGGCCGACAACAUGAAGAAAAUUAUCCUCUCCCACAGGCACAGUCUGUUUAGAGGAAGCUCGGUCAAAAUGAUAGAUGCUGAUUUCAGUCGGCUCUACACGGCAACUUCUCUCAUGCAGAUUGAUGACAACAUCAUGAGAAAAUUCCACGGUCACAGCUCCCUCAAAGAGUACUAUGAGAAGGAGAGCUGUGUGAAUUAUAUUCACAAUGUAAAUGUGCCACUGCUGCUGGUAAACACCGCAGAUGAUCCUCUGGUUCAUGACUCGCUUCUCGCCAUCCCUCGCACACUAGCAGCAAAGAAGCCGGACGUGAUCUUUGCCCUGACGCUUCACGGGGGCCACCUGGGCUUCUUCGAGGGGGACGUGCUCUUCCCACAGCCGCUCACCUGGAUGGACAAAGUGAUUGUGGGCUACGCCAACGCCAUGUGCCAGUGGGAGAAACAGAAGCCACCGUGCCAAAGUGUCGGCCUGAGUACCAUCCCCUGCGUCCAGGAAAAAGAUUAGAACUGUAUUUGUUGUUCAAUAGUUCUCUCCCCCCACACACCUGCCCUUUGCACUGACCCACACCGCACAGAGGAAACACUUAAAAACUGCUCUCUUCUCUGCCUUCUCCUCUGGUGCUACUCACCAUUUCUGACCCACACCUCCUAAUCACAGGCCUUUACCCCCCCCCUCCCCCCCUCCCCCCAUCACCUUACAGUGUGUGAACAGACUAAAAUAACUGCCUUCCUGCUUGUUUCCGGUGUGAGGACUCGGAGCCCCGCGUCGACUCCACCGCGACUCUCGGUUAACCGGUUAAGUCGAGGAUUAAAAGAAACACAGGAGUACGACUCUAAAGUUGUCGAGUUAUAAAACAGCACACAAGAAGCCUCAGAAAACAGUUAGCAAAGACAGUCGGUGCUUAUUUAACGCACCUGUAAGAAACUCACUGCUUAUCACCGCCAAGGCCACAUAGCCUAGUCUGCUGUCUUAACCAACACAGCAUCUUUGUAGUCUGUCUGUCUGUCUCUGUGUGCGUGUGUGUGUGUGUG